AUGACUGGAUUAUCUACUGAUAAGUUGACUUUACACAUCAUGAAUCGAGUAGGACAUUACGAUGUGGAGUCUCUAGACUUGGAUAAUGCGAAUGGUGGAGGGGUAUAUACAUCAAGCCCGGGAUUUUCACCAACACCAAAUGGUUAUGAUGGAAGAAAAUCUAUCAUCAGUAAUAAACGUCUUCACAGAAGACAAUAUAAAGCACAGAGUAAACAUAAUAUACAGUUGGAUCAUUUCGUGAAAACACCAUCACUAUCACAAAGACUUCGUGAGAUUAGCCAAGAAGAAAAACUACAACUGCGAUUAAAGAAAAAAAAUUCUAAAUGGUCUGGAAGUCUGCCAUGUUGUUCAUCACUGAAGAACUUAAGAGAAAAGGUUGAGUUUUGGGGAAGCUCUAUCAGGUCUAUUGAAGGUCAUCAAGGCACUGGUGUCAUUUCCUUCUUUAUAUUAUUACGAUGGUUAUUUGGUAUGAAUCUGGCUUUAUUUGUGAUCAGUUUUGGAUUUUUAAAUCUACCAAUCUUAUUGUUUGAUCAACAAUCAUAUUAUCUUGGUGUAGAAGAGACGUUUAUUGAACAAUGUACAGCUAAUUAUACUGUUAAAGUAUCAGAUGAUGGUUUACAACUUUUUCUUGACUUUUUUCUUGGCAGUGGCUGGAUGGAGAAGACACCCGUAUUUUUUGGGUAUUAUCCAGGAAAAUAUAUGACAGAUGGCUCAUAUAUUUAUAACUUCCCACUGGCUUAUUUAUUUGUUAUUAUUAUAUGUUUGUUAUUAUCAGUAUUCCUCAUGGCUAGAUAUUCUGUAAAAGCUUUCAGAAAAAAUGCUUUAGCCGAUGAACAAGAUACGUUAUAUACAGCAAUGGUAUAUUGUAGUUGGGAUUAUUCCUUGAAAUAUGAAAGAGUGUGUGAGACUAAGAAACGCAAACUUCGUUACACUUUAGCAAGUGAAAUGCAAGAUCAACGUUUCCUGAAAAACAGAGAUGAGAAAAUGGAACAAUGUCCCUAUCGCUGUAUGCUAUAUCUUGUUCGAAUUAUUGUGAAUCUAUUUGUCAUAGCGUGUUUAGGCGGAGCAGGGUAUGCUAUUUUUAAAGCAAGUGAAUUCUCCAGUUCUUGGACCACAGUGAAUACAGUAGAAUCUGGUACCAACAAAAUCCUGCUAUUUCUGGUAGAAUUUCUACCAUCUAUAACAAUAACAGUGUUAAAUGCUGUGUUACCACUGGUAUUUGAAAUCGUAAUUAUGGCUGAGAGAUAUACACAAGACUUUGUCAUCAAAUUAUCAUUAGUAAGGACAGUAUUUCUGAAACUUGCCUCAGUAGCUAUAUUGAUAGCGUCUAUUUACACUGGAGUUAUCAGCUGUACAACUAAAGAUAGUUGUGGAUCCAUAACAGCUCCCUGUCCAUCUAUAACGCUCUCAGCAUUGUACGCAUGUGAACCACCCAAUCGACCCUACAGAACAACAAGGAAUAACAAUUUCUUUAUGAUUGUAUUGAUAUUUACCUUCUUUUUAUCCAGCUUCCCUGUUAUUUAUGCCAUAUCAAACAUAAGUUCCUCCCAUGGAUGUGGACCGUUCCGAGUAUAUGACUUUCCAUAUAUGGUAGUAGGUAAAGGUAUAGAAGAUGUUCAACUAGAAGGUUUUACUAUCGCGUACACAAUUCUUACGUCGCCUGCUGUGACGUCAUCAUUAAUCAUUAUACUAUUGGUUUUGCUAUUCUACUGCUCGAAACUGAGAAUUGCUCACAAAGAUACAGUAAAGUUUCUGAGAGAUAAAAUAGUCAUUGAAAAUCACGACCGACAGAAUAUGUUUGAAGAGUUGAAGAAGUAUCGGAAAAUCAAAUAACUGCUUGCUAAUCAAAGGGAUAAACUAGAUUUUGUGAUAAAUCAACUACAGCCAUUUACCACUAUACUUUGUGAUAAAUUAACUCCGUCCAUUUAUAACCAGACUCUGUGAUGAAUCAACUCUGUCCAUUUACAACUAAACUUUGUCAUAAAUCAACUCCGUCCAUUUAAAACCAGACUCUGUGAUGAAUCAACUCUGUCCAUUUACAACUAGACUUUGUCAUAAAUCAACUCCGUCCAUUUAUAACCAGACUCUGUGAUGAAUCAACUCUGUCCAUUUACAACUAGACUUUGUCAUAAAUCAAUUCCGUCCAUUUACAACUAGACUAGAUAAUUCAUCUCUGCUCUAAUUGACUGUAUUCGUUAGUGUACAAUCCAAUCAAAUCGUUGCAUUCCGUGUUACAAGAAAAGUGUCUUAUGUUGCCAAGGUAUAAGAUACAACUUUUAUCAAUACAAUAUAUUAUAUGGUCUUUGGUGUCAACACUAGUAUGAUGUAUACUAUGACAGUAAGGAAUAUUUUUGGUGGUAGAAUGUUGACUUUCAACUGCCGAACUGAAUUAGGUUACUGCUACUAAAAAUCAUUUUGUGACAAAUAUUUUAAUUAUUAAUAUCAUUAGCAUAAAAAUACAUUUUUACAUUCCUGUAGAAGGUUGAAGAAGUAAGUAAGAAGUUCACAUCUUACCACAAACGACCUCCGUGAAAGUUACACUAGCGCUCUGCAACAUUUAGCUUACGGAAACUGCCGAGAAAUGCCGAAUGGUCCUACCAUUUUGGGGAUAAGUGUUAUAGAAAGAAUGAACUCUGUCCUGUAAAGUCUACUAUACAUGGAAGUGCUGCAUGAUAGGUUAAAUUUAGGGUAUGUGAACGUUCUCGCCUUCUCGGUGCACAUUGGCGUAACAAAUAGGAAAGGUUUUAUCGUCGACAUUUUGAACCCAAUCUUGUAAUAUUUCAACCAUCACGGGCCCAUUAACUAUAAGCAAUAUGUUGCUAAACAUUAAAUCAAACUCUGUGGUUCCAUAGCUUGUUUUUCUUCUUUCUGCCGUUUCCGUGACAUAUUUUUUGUGAUCAGUUACCUCCCUUGAACUAUUAAAAUUGAUUGGUCAAAUC